UUUUUUUACAGAACUUCAGUUUUAAACAUGUAAAAAAUCUGUUACACAAAUGAAUGCGUUAUUUUUCGUGCACUUGUGUGUGUGUGUGUGUGUGUGUGUGUGUGUGUGUGUGUAUGAUAAUGUUGCAGCACUACUUGUGCAGCUUGAGUUUUCAGUAGACUGUGAAAUGGUCUGGUUUCAGAACGAAGCAUUAGAAAGACAGAGUUCAAGAAUUUGUCUGGGAAUGCUGUGUGUGUGUGUGUGUGUGUGUGUGUGUGUGUGUGUGUGUGUGUGUCUACGCCGUAAGAAUGUUGGGUUGGCUGUCAUCUCUACAGAUUCCACCGUUAUUGCUCCCACACACACACACACACACAGGUAUUGUGAGCAGUGGGAGUGUUUCUGGUCUUUGUUCAGUCUGUAGUGUUUAUACACACCGUGAAUAAAUUCAUUUUAAUUCUGUAAAUAUUUAAAUCACACACGUUAAUAUUAACACAGAACACUGAGAUUAAACAGGGGUGAGUUAUGGGACUGAGAAUGAUGAGCAGACAGACAGAUACACAGAGAGACAGACAGCUGUGUGAAGUUCAACUAAAAUCUGAUUCGGAGCUGUGUGUGAGUCAGGUGAUGGCGCAGGACGGGGGUGUGCAGUACGAGCCCGUGGCGGAGAUUGGGGGCGGGGCUUACGGCACAGUGUAUAAAGCUCGAGAUAAAGAGAGUGGGAAGUUCGUGGCUCUGAAGAGCGUCAGAGUCCAGACGGAUCAGGAAGGACUUCCACUGUCCACUGUCAGAGAGGUUGCUCUGCUCAGACGCCUGGAACAGUUUGACCAUCCCAACAUAGUCAAGCUGAUGGAUGUGUGUGCGAGUUUGAGGACGGAGCAGGAGACGAAGGUGACCUUGGUGUUUGAACACGUGGACCAGGAUUUGAAGACGUAUCUAGAGAAAGCUCCGCCCCCUGGACUGCCCCUUCAACAUGUCAGGGAUCUGAUGCGUCAGUUGCUGUGUGGUUUGUCGUUCCUUCACUCUAACCUGGUUCUCCAUCGGGACCUGAAGCCGGAGAACAUCCUGGUGACGAGUCGCGGUCAGAUCAAACUCGCUGACUUCGGACUGGCUCGAAUAUACAGCUAUACCAUGGCUCUAACACCUGUGGUGGUGACAUUGUGGUACCGUUCUCCGGAGGUUCUGCUGGGUUCUAGCUAUGCCACUCCUGUGGAUCUGUGGAGUACCGGAUGCAUUUUUGCUGAGAUGUUCACACGGAAGCCGUUGUUUUGUGGGGAAUCAGAAGUGGACCAGCUGACCAAGAUCUUUUCCGUGAUUGGUCUGCCGGGCGAGGAGGAGUGGCCUAAUGAUGUCACACUCUCGCGAGAAAACUUUAGUCCUCAGAAUCCUCAGCCAAUCACAGAACAGAUCCCUGAGUUAACCAACGAGGGGGUGGAUCUGCUCAUGAAAAUGUUGACCUUUAACCCCCUGAGGCGGAUCUCGGCCCUGAAAGCUCUGGAGCACAGUUUCUUCUCUGACCAAUCCGAUCACUCUUAAAGACGCCGCCGGCUGCUGAUAAAGAAAAUUCUGGAAUUCUGAUUUCAGAGAUUAAUCACUUCAUCAUGUCAUGAACCCACAGGGACCAAGAACUGACCUUUAACCUGCGUUUGUGUUUAGUGUCACGUCUUCAUCACGCCUAAUGUUUCAUUCCUUUAUUUUGUAAGGUACUAAACCCCACUCGGCCGCGCGGUCCGGUCCGGUUGUGAGAGGACGGUGAGCUCAGUAAUACUGCCGUUUAUUUCCCAGCGUCUCCGUGCGCACACUCGCGUCUCUGAGGUUCGCUAAACACCGUCAGUGUUAAUACCAUCACAGUGCUUUUAUUUUCAACACACCUGACUUUAAUAGCAGUCCUGUGUGACAGAGAGUGACCUCCACACAACGUCCCUCUUACUCCACAUGUGUAGCCUUUAGCUUCAUGCUAAACCCGAGGCUCUAGGCUUCCGAUAACCGUUAGCUAUGGUAGCCUUUUAGCUCCAGUGCAAAAACAAAGAAGCAAAAUGAAGACACUGAGUGUGUGUCAGCUGAUGGAGGAGGUUUGGGUCAAGGGGAAAUUUUAUUUUUUUUUAAUUUUUUAAACUGAAUUGUUUCUUUUAGGGAUUUUUUUAAGAAUAUUUUUAAAAUGAUGAAUGAAAUAAUUUCAUACAGAAACGCGACGCACAGCAACAAGAGAAAUGCAACAGGACAGAAAUCCCUCUGAGCCGCGAGCCGUGCUAAUCAAUCUCCUCUAAAUACAUCUGAUCUCAUCUGAUCUGAUCUCAUCUGCCUGUUUCCCAGAAUCAUUUCUAUCCUCUUCUAUUUCAGAUUAUUUCUAUUUUUAUAAACAGUUCAUCAGCAGAUACUAAACCCAUUGAUUUUCCACUUUCUAAUAAAAGCCUUAGAGGAGCAGCAGGUGAAGAGUUAAUGUCGUUUCUGUUCUUCUUUUAAUAUAAAAUAAAUCUAGGAUAAAUAAACGUGCAGUUGUUCUUGUUGUUGCAGAUUGAUCUGGAGAUCAGACUCCGGCUGCUGGGAAAUGAUUGUGAAACUUUAUUCUAAUUCACAGCCGUUAGAGGAUUUCUGUUCUGAACAAAGUGUGAGGAUGGACAGAUGAUGGACUUCAGGUUUUGGUUAUUGAGUGUGAUUGAUGUAACAAGUGGAAAUAAUUGUGUGUGUGUGUGUGUGUGUGUGUGUGUGUGUGUGUGUGCGCGCGAGAGUGAGAGAUAGAAGACUCACACUUCACACAUCAUCAUUGUGGAGUUUUUACUUUAACACAAUUAAGAAAGAUUCAGGAGUUGUGGAGAUGAAUGUGGAGAUUAUUAAAUACGGAACACACACACACUCGGUUCUCUGCUCUGCUAUUAAUCUGUACAUGAAUGUGUUCAUGUUCUCGUUAUGUGUGUGUGUGUUCUGCUUUAGUCAUUAGAACAGUGAAUGUUGGUCUUGUGAGAUUUUACUGUUUAAUUCCUCUCAUUAAACUGCGUUUCUCUUCA